CGUCGGCCCGCGCGACGGAAUUGGGCGAAAUCGGCCGCGAGAUCAGCAUUAUCUGCGAUCCGCGUAGACGGAGCCGUUCGCUCCGCGUUUCUCCUGGAUCGCGGACGGCCGCGGAAUAUCGGGCCGCGGCCGCAGAUGUGAAUGGUCCCCGACGCGAUCGGCAACGCGCGCCGGCCGUGGUAGAUAAAACCGGACUUGCAUUCAGUGAGUAACGAGUCUCCGAGUGGCAGCUGCACAGCAUCGUCGAGUGGCUUUUAUCGUCGAAAAUUCGCUCGUCGACGGCGCGCUCCGGGAAACAGAGUCCUCUAAACGCUAGAGGCCGCCGAUCGAGCGAUUCCUCGGGAACAGAAGGAGCACUUGGUCGGUUCCCGAUAGAAGAGAAUCGUUGCAUUCCGAUUUCGGUCAACGACGCCAGUGGUUUUCGCUGAGAGGCAAGUGAUUCUUGAGAAUCUAACGUACUUACGGUUGCUUUUGCGAAGAUCGGGGCGUUGGAUAGACGCAAGAUCGAGCGAUGAUCGAGUUAAUCGAGGUUUGAGAGAGGAUUCGCGGGUCGUCCUUUGGAUCCACUCGGACGAAGGAGUAUAUGGAAAAUUCAUGGGAGACAGUGCUGAGGGAAUCGCCGUAUGAGAACGUGUUCAACGGCGGCAGCGAGCACUGGUCGCUUUGGAAGAAGGUCUUGUUCGUUCACUUCAGUGACUUUUGGCUGAUGCUGCUCUUCGUUGGCCUGUGGGAGAUAAUGUUGUGGGAAGAGCUCGAGGUUUUCUGAAAGUGAAAGAACGUUUUAUCGUGUUGCUCGGCGGAGAAGCGUUCGACGAAGGAAAAGGGGGAGAAAGAGAAAAAGAAAGAAAGAAAGAAAGAUAGACUACUGAUUCGUCGUGUCUCGACGCAGGAUUAGCCGCAGGCACUUUAUCGUGGAGAAGAGAAAAGAACCGAGGAAAAGGCAGGACGCGUGCUCUGGAGUACUCGAUCGAAAGCUGGUAUUACUGAAAAAAGAUAAGAGGCGCGAUAACGGACGGAUUCGAACGUUCCACGAUCACGGAUCGGCCGAAUACUUGACAUUCUGACGCGGCGUUUCAGAAAAUUCCAUUAAAGGAUUCUGAUAGGUAUCGCGCAGGAAUGGACAAGUUGAACGGACUUACGGGGAGUCACACGGACGCCAAGAUGGAGCUCGACAUCGACGAAAUGAAGCGGCGCGAGAAGAAAGGAGUCACGUAUCAGGUAGUCAUGUCUCUGUGCGCGAAUUUGUCUGUCCUCGGCCCGUCCAUGGCGUUCGGUUACAGCGCCGUGGCACUGGGACCACUGAUGGCACCCACGAGUGACGUGAAAGUGAAUAGCGUUCAAGCGAAUUGGAUAGCCACGGCGACGGCGCUGGGAAUUCCUCUCGGCUGCAUGCUUUCGAGUUACACGAUGAGACGCGGAAGGAAACUGAGUCUGCUGAUAACAUCCGUUCUCUCCAUCCUCGGCUGGCUCAUCAUAUACUUCUCCCGGACGUACGAGCAGAUCCUCGUCGGCAGAAUAAUUUCCGGAAUCGCGACCGGUUCCGCCUCGGUCCCGGCCACCGUUUACAGCGCGGAAGUCGCCUCUCCGGCGUGGCGGUCCACCAUGGUCACGUGGACCAGCGUGGCCAUCGCCAUAGGUAUCUUGAUCGUCUACAUCUUCGGCUACCUCUUCAAGGACAACUGGCGAUUGGUGGCUUUAAUGUGCGCCCUGUUUCCCGUGGUCUCGGCCGCGGUGACCUUGGCCGUCGUCCCAGAAACCCCGAUCUGGUUGCGGGACCGAGGUCGUCUAGACGAGGCGCUCGAGACCCUGAAGAGAUUCCGCGGCAUUCCAAAAAAUGCGUCGCCCUCGCCGGAUCUGGAGGAGGAGCUGCGCCAACGACCCCAGAAGAAGAAGCAGAAUCUGAUGAAGCACCUGCUGAAGAGGAACGCGGUGAUGCCGUUCCUCAUUAUGCUCGCCUACUUCUUCUUCCAGCAGUUCUCCGGGAUCUUCGUGGUCGUCUACUACGCGGUGAACAUCGUACGCAGCGCUGGGAUCACGAUAGACCCCUAUCUGGGGGCAGUGCUGAUAGGAUUCACCAGGUUGCUCGGCAGUUUACUGAUGGCUGGUGCGUCUGGAAGAUUCGGGAGGCGGAUACCUUCGAUCGUUUCCGGUUCUGGCAUGACGAUCUUCAUGGCGAUACUAUCCGUUUAUCUAAUACUGGAGGACAGGGGCUACGUUAUCAACGACGGAGGCAUUGUUCCUGUGAUCUGCGUGCUGUCGUACAUUUUCGCGAGUACUCUAGGAUUCCUGGUGGUCCCGUUCGCCAUGGUGGGCGAAAUUUACCCGACAAAGGUUAAGGAAGUACUGACAGGUCUGACAUCGUGUAUCGGGUACAUCUUCAGCUUGAUCACGGUGAAAAUUUACCCUGACAUGGCGUCCUCUAUGGGCAGGCACGGUGUCUUUAUCUUCUUCACGGUGAUGUCUUUAGCGGGGACGUUGUUCGUGCAGUUCUUCUUGCCGGAAACGAAGGGCAAAACCUUGACGGAGAUCGAGGAAAUGUUCAGGAGGAAGGAUAAAUAUGAUUCGCAAGAGGACAAGAAGAUGGUGAGCCUAAAAGAUGUAACUGGAGAAGUGUAGUCGUUGGGGCGUUGAUUGAUGAAGGUUCUGAUUCUGAAGGAUUGGAGCGUUUGUAAAUAUUGUUUGUAGAGAUGAUUUAAUUCGAGGCGGGGCGGGGCAGUUGUGUAAAUGCAGUUUGAUUCGCGAAGGAUGGGGAUCGAGCGAGAUUUAUGACUGAUGAUUGUUGAUCGUUCUCGGUGAUAUGCCUCGGCUGGCAAUUCGAGGCGGGUAGUCGGCCCUGAGGAACUUAUGGCUGUAAAUACUGCGGGAGGUGUUUGAUCAGACUCGAGCUGGUCCAGAAUUUAUCGAACAAUUGUAACUCGACUAUUUUCUCGCGAGAAUAACGCUGUCUGUACCUACGUAAAUGUAUUUUCGCGAUGUGAUUAACAACGACCACAUGUGUUCACUGUACCUUAUUAUAAUUUAAGAAUAAUAUGUUAGCGAAAUAACAUCACGUUAAUAAGAUUCAUCGAAAGAGAUUCAGAGGGAAAUAUUUUUAUACCACUAACGAAAUGUAAAUCGUAACUUCGAACGCUUUGUAACAUGUUAAUGUAUAAAUAAAUCAUUGAACACGAUUCUCUAAUUGUAUUCACUGCGCACGAUGACUAGGUUAAUUAAUCGCUGAUGAAAAAUCGGUUUAUUAUCAGUGUCUGCGGGAUUACUGAAUGUUUGUGUUCAUUUGCAAUUAGAUGCAGACGCUAAGCUCCGACAACGAGAUCUAUUCGAUAAGAAAAUAUAGCGCGCGACUAGAGUUUUAAUACUAUCGACCGCUGACUGAUAAUAUUUUCCAAGAGCGAGCACUCUUUGCUGGAAGAAUAAAGUAUAGGAAACGAGCAUGAAGGAAGAAUAUAUCGG